AUGUCGGUUCCAACUUCAGUUCCAAAAAUAGAUUUUUCGCCUGCAACGGCAGAAGACUAUGAAGAACUGAUGUCUAUCUCUAGUGGGUUAUACAACGGAGUGGACUAUGUGCCUGUGAAGUACCAUACAUGGCUGAAGGAACCCCAGAGAAGAAUGUUCGUGGCCAGGUGUGAAGGGAAAGUGGUGGGCUUUGAGUCAUUCAUAGUGGUUGAUGAUGGAACUACUGCUGUGGUGGAAGAUCUUCGUGUAGCCGCCGAGAUGAGAAGGCGUGGAGUGGGUGGAGUGAUUGAGAGGUUUUGCUGGGAUGUUAUACGUUCUGACCACCCGGAGGUUAUAAGACUUCGAUUCUCUCGAUCUGAGAAUCCACCAGCUCUUAAUGUGAAAACAUGCAAAAUAAUCACCUGUAAGGCAUUAAUAUCUGUACUUGUUACUGCUGAUCAGUUGGAAGCAAAACUCAGGUUACUGGAGUCUCGAGUGAAUAAUGAAGACAGAUCCAAAAAGCUAUCUUUUCUGGGACCAGAGGAAAUCCUCAGAUUCUUUGAGUCCAAGACAAAAGAACAAUUGCUUCCUGGUGGAUUGCUAGUUCAAGGUUGGCUUCCUAUUGCCGCUCAGAAGUCCAACCUAGAUCUUCUACUGAAACAAGAGAUUGUCUGGAUUUAUUCACAUCCUGAGGAUUCUAGUGAUUCUGCAUCUUCUUCCAAGGUCACACCUGGCAGUGAUGGCCCUGAUGCCUCUCCAGAAGGGUUUCUUAGCCUUGGUUCUCAACCACAUCCAGUGCCUAUUGCAGACAGAGCACACUAUAUAGAUAUCGACCUGUUUGGAAAUGAUCCAUCUUGUGCUAAGGUCCAUGUUCUAGAGCAGUUGAAAAUCAGAGUAAAAGGAUUGCCGGCAGGGAGUGGUAUAAUAUUUGUCCUAUAUGCAGAGGAGAGUCUCCGGACUGAGCUUGUCCAACUCUGUGAAGGGUUGAAUAUAUACUAUUGUAUUAGGGAGCAGAUUAUUUUUGAAAGAGAGAUCAGGUCUGAUUGA